AUGCCGGCGGCCCCCACCCCAACCGUCCCCUUCUCCGACCCGCCGUACCUCCUCGGCCUGCCAUCCCCCUACUUCACCGAAUCCCACCGCAAAUGGCAGGCGGCCAUCCGGCCGUGGCUGGACACGCAUCUGCACGCGCACGCGCUCGAGUGGGAGCAGACAGGCACGCUACCAGACUCGGUGUUCGCGACCUUCGCGGCGGCGCACAUGCUGCUGCCGGCGCUGCCCGCGCCGCUGCCGACGGCCUGGCUCAAGCGGCUCGGCAUCACCACGCUGCUGGGCGGGCUGCCCGUCGAAGAGUUUGAUGCGCUGCACGGCUACAUCUGGGGCGACGAGAUGGUGCGCAGCGGGCUGGCGGGCCCGUCGGCCAGUCUGACGGCUGGCAUGGCGUUCGGCGUGCCGCUGAUCCUCCGGUUCGGGAGCGCGCAGCUGCAGGAGCGCGUCUUGCCCGGGUUGUUGACCUGCAGGCAGAGGUGCUGUAUCGCGAUUACCGAGCCGGAGGCUGGCAGCGAUGUCGCGGGGAUUGUGACCACCGCGGUUAGGAGCGAGUGCGGGCGGUGGUGGGUGGUGAACGGGCGGAAGAAGUGGAUCACGAACGGGAUCUGGGCCGACUACGCCAGCAUGGCGGUGCGCACGGGGCCGCCGGGGAGCGGCGCGGCGGGGAUAUCGCUGCUCCUGGUGCCGCUCAAGAACACGCCGGGCGUGACGAUGCGCCGGCUCAGUACGUCGGGCACGACGUCCUCGGGCACGACGUACAUCGAGCUCGACGACGUGCGCGUGCCCGUCGAGAACCUGAUCGGCGACGAGAACCAGGGCAUGCGCUACAUCAUGACCAACUUCAACCACGAGCGGCUGGCGGUCGCCACGGGCGCCACGCGCCAGGCCAGGGUCGCCCUCUCGGCCGCGUUCGAGUACGUGCUCAAGCGCGAGGCCUUCGGCAAGCCGCUGGUCGAGCAGCCCGUGGUGCGGCAUCGGCUGGCCAAGGCGGGCGCGCUGCUGGAGAGCCUGACCGCCUGGGUCGAGCAGUUCGCCUUCAUGAUGACCCGGCUGCCGCACGAGCCGGCCAAUGCGCUGCUGGGCGGGCCGACGGCUUUGCUGAAGGCGCACGCGGGCAUGGUGUUCAAGGAGUGCGCCGACGUGGCCGUGCUCUUGUUUGGAGGGAACGGCUACACAAAGACGGGCCAGGGCCAGCUCGUCGAGAUGCUUUACCGGGAGGUCAUGGGCGUCAGGAUCCCGGGCGGCUCGGAAGACGUCCUGCUGGAUCUAGCAGUGCGCCAGCUGGUCAAGUUGUACAGGACACAGACGAACCUGCUGCAGGUCGCCGGCGGCUCAAAACUGUAGCGGGCCGAUCCCCAACGUAUUGUGUUGGUAUGGAUUUCUGGACGAAGAGAGCGCCCUUAAUUAUUCCUUACCCUGCACCGCCGAGGGUCGUGCUUUUCGAGGAGCUGCACCUGGACUGGCGCUGCUGCUAGAGGUUUGUGCUCUGUUGGGUUAAUCAGAAAUGGACAAGUGAUGUGCGGUUUGCUUCCC